CAAGAUUGCAGUAGUUCGGUUCCCCAAAGCCCACAAAAUGUGGAUCGCUCUGCUUGGGUUUUCACUUUUGAUUGGCGCCAUUUGGUUCCUGCUGAGACAACUUAAUAAAACUUACUUUAUUCUUUCAUUAUGCAAACGAGUGCGAACAGCGGAUGGCAGCCCAUUGGAAAGCAAAGUGUUCGUUAUUCCCGGAAAAACGCGAUUUGGCAACAACUUGGAUCUACUUAAUUUAACGCCUGCUACUAUUUUUAACUACAUACGAGAGUCCACCGCCAAAGCCAAUGGACAAAAUUAUAUAUGGAAUUUCAUAUUUGCACCAGAAUACAAUAUUGUUCGCGCCGAAGACGCUGAAGAAAUAUUUCAGAGCACAAAAAUUACUACAAAGAAUAUGGCUUAUGAAUUGAUAAGACCAUUUCUGGGGGACGGGCUGCUGAUAAGCAUAGAUCAAAAAUGGCACUCAAGAAGAAAAACGUUGACCCCGGCUUUUCAUUUUAAUAUUCUGCAGACUUUUUUGUCUAUUUUUAAAGAAGAGAGCAAAAAGUUUAUCAAAAUACUGGACAAGGACGUUGGCUGCGAGCUUGAACUUAACCAGAUAAUUCCACAGUUUACUCUAAACAAUAUUUGUGAAACUGCGCUGGGCGUAAAACUAGAUGACAUGUCCGAAGGAAACGAGUACAGAAAGGCCAUCCAUGACUUUGAAAUAGUUUUCAAUCAGCGCAUGUGCAAUCCGCUGAUGUACUACAACUGGUACUUCUACCUUUUCGGAGAUUAUAAAAAGUAUUCCAGAAUACUUCGUACAAUUCACGGCUUCUCGAGCGGUAUUAUCCAACGCAAAAGGCAGCAAUUCAAGCGGAAACAACUUGGCCAAGUUGAUGAAUUUGGCAAGAAGCAGCGUUACGCCAUGCUGGACACCCUUUUGGCAGCUGAAGCGGAGGGCAAGAUCGAUCAUCAGGGAAUCUGCGAUGAGGUCAAUACCUUUAUGUUCGGUGGAUACGAUACCACAUCAACCAGUCUAAUCUUUACACUGUUAUUGUUGGCUCUGCAUGAUGAUGUCCAGGAGCGGUGCUACGAAGAGCUACAAAACCUUCCCGAGGACAUUGAUGAGAUCAGUAUGUUCCAGUUCAACGAACUGAUCCACUUGGAGUGUGUCAUCAAGGAAUCGCUGAGGCUGUUUCCCUCAGCUCCGAUCAUUGGCCGCACGUGCAUGGAGGAAAGUGUUGUGAAUGGUUUAGUCCUACCCAAGAAUGCCCAGAUUAGCAUCCACAUAUACGACAUCAUGAGAGACCCACGUCAUUUCCCGAAACCAAAUCAGUUCCUGCCCGAACGUUUUCUGCCCGAGAACGCUGUGAAUCGUCAUCCCUUUGCAUUUGUGCCCUUCAGUGCAGGCCCAAGGAAUUGCAUAGGUCAGAAAUUCGGCAUCCUGGAGAUGAAGGUGCUCCUGGCCGCUGUGAUUAGGAACUACAAACUCCUGCCCGCCACCCAGUUGGAGGAUCUCACUUUUGAGAACGGAAUCGUACUGCGCACACAGCAAAACAUUAAAGUGAAAUUCGAAGCAAGAGUCAAGUAGUGCAUAAUAAAUACAAAACAUUUUUCCUGUAAAAA